AUGAUUGCUAGAAGUAACACCAGGACUUCCAGGACUAUAUGGACGAGAAGGAUUUCUGGUGAUCCAGGAAUUCCAGGCCCAAAUGGUCCACCUGGAAAAAAAGGAGUUCAAGGAAAGCCAGGGUUGCAUCAGAGAGGCAGCAGAGGACCAGAAGGUUUACAAGGACCGAAAGUUGUGGAAGGAGAGCAAUGUGAAGGAGACGCAGGAGUUGCAGGAAGAUAA